UUAUGAUACUCGUUGAAUUCCUCCCUUCUAUGAUUUGGAAAGUGGUUUUUGGUAGAAAGAAGACGGUACCGGUGCUGUACGAUGUUGCUGUUACUGUUGUGAUAUACAAGCCCACUUGAGCCCAAUGCUACCCUACAGCCUAUGCGGAGUGCCGACGCGGAGAUAUACUUACAUCUUCCAGACUGGGUCCCGUCUUGAACUUUUAUAACAGGAUCUCCCAGGAUCUCCCCAGGCCUUGGGAUCCUGGGACAGCGGAACCGCAGCUAUUCUCCGUCAAUUCUCCGUGCUCAAGCACUCGACCCGACCUCGGCAGCACUGGCAGUAUAAAUACCCCACAUGAAUCUCGGUGUCAGUCGACGUCACCAAACCACCUUCCCGCCAUGUCCGCCAUCUCUAGCAAAUCUAUUGUAAUGAAGAACGGGCAGGAAUUGCCUAUGAUCAGUUUGGGAACCUAUGCUCCACCUACUGGAACAGCAAGAGAAGAUGCCUGGCGUUGGAUAUUGACUGGUCUAAAGGCAGGCUACCGCCACCUUGACACCGCAAGUGAUUAUGGUACUGAGAAAGCCGUUGGGAAAGCUUUGAAAGAGUCUGGCCUAAGACGUGAUGAGGUUUACAUCACGACAAAACUCCGACUCAACCAUGUCACCCGCGUAAAGCAAUCCUUUAACGAGAGUCUGACCAAUUUGGCUAUGGAUUAUGUCGACUUGUAUCUCGUUCACUGGCCUCAGGGUUCCCCCUAUCACGAGAGCGAUGAACUGGUCAAGAACCCUGAUGGCACCCUCAAGACACUAGAAAGUCCUACAUUUGUCGAAGUUUGGGCAGAAAUGGAGGAAAUUCUGAAAUCAGGCAAAGCCAAAUCUAUCGGUGUCAGCAACUUUUCGAUCAAGAAUUUGGAAAUACUUUUGAAAAACGCCAAGGUCGUUCCAUGCAAUAAUCAAGUGGAGAUUCACCCCUAUUUGCGGCAGGAUGACCUGCGGGAUUACUGCAAAGAAAAAGGCAUCACUCUCUCCGCCUAUACGCCAAGCGGCUGGGACAAAGUGCGCGGAGACCCCGUCAUUGUUGACCUGGCCCGAAAGUACGAUGUAUCGCCUCAGCAGGUCAUUCUUUCGUGGCAUUUAGCCAGAGAUAUGGUCGUGGUUACUGCAAGUAAGGACGAGGGGAGGCAGAAAGAUAAUCUGAAUUUACCCACCCUGAGCGAGGAGGACGUCUUGAAGAUCAAUGCGCUGGAUCGAGGUGAGAGGAUUUGCAACAAGCCUGAUGAAAAUGGCCAUAUUUUUGGUUGGACUCUUGAACAGAUGGGGUGGUAAAGUCCUUGAGAGCUAAGCCAAGAAUCGCACACCUUCAAUCAACGUGUAUCGGUUCUAUGUAACUCUAUCAUCAAAAAC